AGCGUCGCUGCCGCAGCACAACACGAGCAACUGAGCAAGGUACGCGUGAUGGAGGUGCUCGCAGGUGGCCAGCCGCUGUCGGCGCGGGCGCGGCGGAUCGCCAGGAGCCGGGAGGAGAUGCUGGGCCUCCUGGCCGACUUCUCCUGCGACGGCGACGACUCCGACCGCGAGCUCUCCUUCUCCGACCUCGUGGACGCCAUCGGCAGGCCGCCCAACGCCGGCCACGUCCCGAAGGCGCUUCCAGCGGCCGUGCCGGCAGAGGAGGACACCGCGGCGUCGAAGCAGCAGCAGCAGCAGGCGGCAGCGGCGGCAGGGAAGCAAAGGAGGCUGCGGAGGCGGCGGAGCGACAACCGGGGGAGCUGCGGGGGCAGCUGCGACGGCGUGCUGCUCAACUUCUACGUGCCGGGGCUGCUCACCAGGAGCGUGACGGCGCCGCGCCACGGCCGGGGCACGCUGCCGGCUUCCGCUGCAGGGGGGCCGCCGGCCAAGGUUGCUGCCGGGAAAUCCAGGAUACAAGCUUCUCUGGCCAUCGGUUGCUGGCCGACGUUGUGGGGCAGAGGCCGCGACCACGGCAACAAGCCAGUAUGACUGGAGUAUGAGUCUUCACUCUUCAAUGCACAUAGACUUACACGGUCGAUGUUCUAAUUCCUCCAAAACGGUCGAUGUUCUAGUAGCUAGCACUCGUGGCUUAGCUUUUUUGUGUAUAGCUAAUUUGAGGCUUUUCUCCUCACACCUGUAAAUUAUCCUUUUUGUUAGGGCCUCUGUCGGUGUUGUUUUAAUUUAACCUGUGAUGGUGUUGCUGUGGCCUGGCAUCUUUCUUGCAAGGCAAGCAUGACAUGUUAACUGUAAGUUUUGCUUUGUCAG